UUGUUCUUGCUACCACACUGACAAUAUUCUCUGUACGAUGUCUGACAGUGUUUGGCCUGGUUUCCAUAGGGGUUUACGCUUCCCCCACUUUUUUUAAAUUUCUUUUCCCAAUUUCAUCCAUUAAAUUCAAUUCAAUGCCUCUCUUCUCUCUCUACGCCUACCUCUACUGCCACUAGGGCGCUCGCUCUUCACCGCUGCAUUCGUUUUUUGCUUCAUUUUUGUUUUGUUUUUGGUUUACUUUUUGGAUUUUGUAUUCGGAAGAAUCAGGAAUCUGUAAUCGAUCAUGGAUGAGCGUGUUGAUUUCUCUUCGAUUCGGCGUUGAAGGUGUUGUUACGGAAGUUGAGAAUGGAUGUGUUGAAUAUGUUGAGGAGAGGGCGGAAGCAGAAUCGGGAGAGGGAUUUGAAGGAGGAGGAUGGUGUAGAUCUCAAGUGUGUUGCUGAAGCAGAAGCUGGAGUAGAAGCAGAAGUGAAAGCGGAGGGCGAUGAGGAUGAUGAGGAUUUCAUUAUGGAGGAGGUGAAGAGGAGAUUGAAGGAACUGAGGAGGAAUAGUUUUAUGGUGCUGAUUCCGGAGGAGGAGGAGGAGGAAGAAGAAGAGGAAGUCGGCGAAGGGGAGACGAGCUGUGGGGAGCCGGAGUGGAGAGACGUGGAAGCGGAAGGUCGGCAAUGGUGGGGCGGAUUUGGCGCUGUUUAUGACGAUUACUGCGAGAGGAUGAUUUUCUUCGAUCGGAUGAGCAACCAAUCCGGUUCUGAAUCGGCCUCCCAAAGAUCUGCACCGAAAAAGAGCGCUUCGCCUCUUCGAUGUCUUUCUCUGAAGAGGAUCGAAGAACCUGAAGACGAGAUGGAGGAUCUUGAUCCUUCAUCGCCUCUGAUUGACUCCAAUCACCACGUAGAAACAGCCUAUGUUGCUCACAUUUGCUUGUCCUGGGAGGCUCUUCACUGUCAGUACACUCAACUCAACCACUUAAUAUCAUGCCAACCACAGAACCCUACUACUCGUUAUAAUCUUACUGCUCAGCUCUUUCAGCAAUUUCAAGUCCUCUUACAAAGGUUUAUCGAAAAUGAACCCUUCCAACAAGCUCUCAGGCCUGCAAUUUAUGCUAGAACCCGUAGAACUUUUCCUAAAAUGUUGCAUGUUCCUAACAUUCAAGCUUCAGAUUCAAACGUGGCCCAGGAACAAGAAUCUGAUUCCCUCAUCCUCGCGUCCGAUCUGCUUGUCAUUAUCGAGGCUUCAAUCUUUACUUUCCACCGCUUCCUUAAGAUGGACAAGAAAAACUCGAAAUCUGCUUCUUUAUCACUUCGGAACCAGACCCAGGACGCCACUCUGCUUGCUCGUAUUCGAUCUUCCCUUGACAAGAAGAAGGCGAAGCUGAAAGAAGUUAGGAAGAAGAGUAGAGGGUGGAAGCAGAAAACAUGGCCUCAAACGUACGAAGACAUGCAAUUGCUUUUUGGAGUGGUGGAUAUUAAAAUCAUAUCAAGGCUUGUGAAAAUGCCAAGGAUCUCUAAAGAACAGCUGCUAUGGUGCGAGGAGAAGUUGAAGAAGUUGGAUGUGUCUGAUGGGAAAUUGCGGAGAGAUCCCUCUCCCCUUCUUUUCCCAUGUUAAUUUCUUCUUCAUCUUGUUCUUCCUGUUCUUCCUGUUCUUCCUUCUCUGAGGGAAGCACUGGUCUGCUUCUUCUUCCUCUUCUUCUGGGUACACACAAACAACACACUGUUCCACAGCUCUGGAUCUCCAAGUUGUUGUGAUUGUGGUUUAAUGUAAUUGGACGAUGGUUGCAGAUAAGUAUGGUGUUGGGACCCUGCUGCUACUACUUCUAUUAUAUACUACGAUGGAUUUGAAUUCU